AUGGGUUGGUCAUGCGUCGUGGCACGCGCCGGAGCCUUCUUCCUGAUGCUCACCAGAGUAUCAGCGCUCACGUCCGACAUUUUUGCAGCGGGGAAGUCGGACAAAGAGAUACUGGACAAUCUUCUAAAAAAUUCCCGCUAUGACAAAAGACUGCUACCGCCAGUAGACGAUCCAGUAUUCUGUUGUGGUCUAACAACACCGAACGACACCAUAGCUCAGAAUAGAGUCGGUCUAUCUUCACUUCGGCCACAAUCGCACAAUCGUGGUGUCCUCACCGUAAAUGUUAGCGUGCUACUUCUUAGUUUAGCAUCACCAGAUGAAUCUAGUCUCAAAUACGAGGUCGAAUUCUUACUUCAGCAGCAGUGGUAUGAUCCUCGACUUCGGUAUUCAAACCAGUCGCAUUACGAUUUUCUAAACGCCAUACACCAUCACGAAGACAUUUGGUUACCAGAUACAUACUUCAUUAUGCAUGGAGACUUUAAAGACCCCAUAAUACCAAUGCAUUUUGCGUUGCGUAUUUAUCGUAAUGGGACAAUCAACUACUUGAUGCGACGGCAUCUCAUACUAUCCUGUCAAGGGCGGCUCAACAUUUUUCCAUUUGACGACCCAUUGUGUUCAUUUGCCUUAGAAAGUAUUUCAUAUGAGCAGUCUGCAAUCACUUACGUGUGGAAAAACGACGAAGACACGCUUCGGAAGUCGCCCUCACUGACUACACUGAACGCUUAUCUCAUCCAGAACCAAACCAUCCCUUGUCCAAUAAAAGCUAGUUGGAGAGCUGAUGGUAUUUCACUUUACGAGGAUGACGAAGAGCUGACAUGUAAUCUUUGCCAGAGACGCUUUGAGGAGCAAGGUAACUACAGCUGUUUAAAGGUGGAUCUAAUUUUUACGAGAGACCGAGCAUUCUACUUUACAACAGUUUUUAUCCCUGGCAUUAUCCUGGUGACCUCUUCCUUCAUCACAUUUUGGCUGGAGUGGAACGCAGUGCCAGCCCGUUCCAUGAUAGGUAAUUACAGCUGCCUAAGGGUGGACCUCAUCUUCACGCGAGAUCGAUCAUUUUACUUCACCACAGUUUUCAUUCCGGGCAUCAUUUUGGUGACCUCAUCGUUUAUUACUUUUUGGCUGGAAUGGAAUGCAGUGCCUGCUAGAGUUAUGAUAGGUGUAACGACAAUGUUGAAUUUCUUCACAACCUCGAACGGUUUCCGCUCAACAUUGCCAGUUGUGUCAAAUCUGACAGCAAUGAACGUGUGGGACGGAGUGUGUAUGUGUUUCAUAUACGCUUCACUCUUGGAGUUCGUCUGCGUCAACUACGUGGGACGGAAGCGACCUCUCCACAACGUCGUUUACAGGCCUGGAGAGAAUCCUGUGACGCAGGAGGCGAUGGCAUUCCUCCAUUGGAGCAAAUCCGAAACUCCCCAACCGGGAUCAAGCGGUGCUGGAGAUAAAAAGCGCGAAUCCACUGGUGCAGCGGAUUUAGUGUCGUGCACGGCUUGUACGGGAGCUCCGGGUUCCUGUACGCACACGACCAAUAAUGGCGGUGUUACAGAGCCAUGUUUCGUCCAGGUCCGUAAGAAAGAGCCUCCGCACCCGAUUCGAGUGGCGAAGACCAUCGACGUGAUAGCGCGGAUCACUUUCCCGACAGCCUACGCUGUGUUUCUCAUAUUCUUCUUCAUCCACUACAAAGCCUUCUCUUAA